ACCGCCGCGCGCAGAAGCACCGAAGACGAUCGCCAAGCAGCUAGCCAGACGAAGAAGGUCGCCAUUUUGCUUCUAGUUUUGAGGUUUUCCGUACACCGUUCCGGUUUGUUGAGAAAUAAUCGCUGCCCAUCGGUGUGGCGACAGGUGAAAGUGGUCCUUAUCGAAGCCCGUUGAUCCGUGCUAGCCGGAGCAGGUGUUUGUGGUGCAGUUUGAAGUGGAAAUUAGUGCUUUUCCGAAAUUUGAUUCCCCGAAGAUUCGGGAUUUUUAGCCGGUGAAAGGUUUUAUUGAUAUUUGCGGGACAUAAUGGAUAUGUCAGGACCACCGAGAGGAGGAUACCGCGGUCGCGGAGGAUUCGGUGAUCGCGGUCGUGGCGGAUUUGGUGAUCGCGGACGAGGCCGCGGAGGUCGUGGCGGUCCGAUGAUGGGUCGCAUGAUGGGUGGUCCCCCGAUGAUGCGUGGACGUGGUGGCAUGAUGCGUGGCGGCCCGCCCCGCGGCAUGGGUGGCCCACCGCGAGGUGGUCCGCCAAUGUCUCGGGGUGGCCCAUACGGAGGUCGUCCACCGAUGGGAGUCGGUGGUGCUCCACGCAGCAGCUAUUCAUCAUCCGUAUCGAACGGUUCCGGUCCACCGCCUUCGUCGACGACCGAGAAUGGGAACGACCCAAAACCGGCGGACACUACCAGCAGUGCAGCUAAGACGGUACCGACAACAAGCGGAAGCACACCGACUUCGACGUCGAGCGCGGCAGCUCCGUCUACCGCACCAAAAACUGUAGCCCCAGCAUCGUCACAGGUUCCUAGCUCUGAUUCGGGCCGGGCAACGCCUCCGCAACCGAUCAAGACAGCCGACUCUAGUAGUCUUUCCCAUCCCAGAGAAUCGCAAGAUUCUUCAAUUCAAUCGACAGGUAGUUCCUAUCAUUCUUCGAGGGGUAUGGGAUACCGAGGUCGCGGAAGCUAUCCCCCACGCGGAAGCUACCCCCCACGUGGUCGCGGCGGAUACGGGAGCAGCUACGAUGGUCCUCGGCCUUAUCGCGGUGGAAUGGGCGGUCGUGGCCGUGGCGGCUAUGGCGGAGGUCCAGGCGGUUACGGAGGAGCACCCAGCUAUAACAGCGGUUAUAACAGUGGCCCUCCACCGUCCUACGGUCAAAUGGGUGGCGGAUACCAACACAGCGGGUACAAUUCAGGACCUCCACCACGACAACAGUUUGACACACGGCAACCGUCGAACACAACCACAGUGACGCCAAUCAAGCGCGGUGGAAUGCCGGGAAGCGGCCCUCCAGGUCCCAAGCGAGGUCGGUACGAUUCUGGUCCACCUAGCCGAUCGUUCCCACCGAAGAGCAUGCCACCACACCAUGGAGCUCCCGCUCCUGUUUCAUCGUACAGUGCACCUCCUUCGACGGCCGGCCACGGAGGCUAUCCGGAGCAUAAUCACCCGCCAGCUAGUAUGGACCAGUAUGGCACGCAUGGUGCGACCACUACCAGCGCAUACGGCACAACCGGUGCUUCUCAGAGCACCUACGGUUCCAAUGGGUACGGUCAGAGUUCGUACGGUACCUCGGCAAUGUCUACAACGGGGUAUGCCACCGGGACGGAAUACGACGCCAGUCAGUACGAUUACAGCACCGGAUCGUACGACAGUCGGUAUCAGACUGGAUACUCACAAGACUACAGCCAAUCGUAUGGUGGCACCACUACUGAUUACAGUGCCGUUUCGACAGAUACCUACGCCAGCCAGCAGUACGAUGAUAGAUCGACGGGUUACGCAGGCUAUGACGCGCAAGCCUACUCGCAAGGCUACGCAAAGACCGAUCAGUACGCUCAUGGUGGUUAUUAUUAGGAAAAGCAAGGAAUCCAAAACACAGAUAAAAAGAGAUAGAGGAAUGAUAUCGCGAACAAUAUGGGAAAGAAAGUGUGUGAGAGUGUGUGGAUAAAAACAAAUCCAAAACAAACAAAAAAGCAAACGACAGAAAUAUGAAUGCUUUUGACUGAAAGAUUGAGCAAAUCCCGCAAAAAUAGUGGAUUGGAAAAGCAUACAACAAAACAGAAAAACAAAUCAAUAUAACAACAUAAAGCAGCAAACUACAGGAAAGUGCAUCAGAACAGCGCCAAAAUCAUCCCGAGACUGCAAACUACAAACCCAGAUAAAAGUAAUAUUAUAUUGAGCAAUUCUGAAAACUCGAAACGAGCAACGUGAGGCGGUCUCAACACAAAAUGAUGCAGACAAGCGCAAUUGCGGUAUCAGUAGCACUGGGAAAGUUCAGUAUCGCGUAGUGUUUGUAGAAAGUUCUUCUUUUAAUUAUCGACCUUACCAACAUUUUGCACAAUGUUGUGCAAAAGAACUACUUCUUAUUACAUUAUUACCCGUACGGUACAAUCCAGCACAGACAUUAAACAUCCCGUUUUAUGAAGUUGUAUGAUAAAUAUGUAAGACAGAAUUAUGAAUAAACAAAAUAAAUUUAAAAACUGAA